AUGACAGACGUGUGUUCGAAUUCGGUAAACAUUUACGGCCUGCCGACAGAGGCUGUUUACCCUAGUACUGAUGUUUGCGGAGCUUCCCCGGACUUCAUGGGCAAGGUCUCCAUGGGUACAACCAUCAUUGCCAUAAAACACAGGGAUGGCGUAUUGUUGGCAGCAGAUAGUAGGACAUCUUCUGGCCAGUUUGUAGUCAAUAGAGUUGCCAGAAAGAUCACGAGGAUCCUGCCAAACGUUUUCAUGCUCAGGUCAGGUUCUGCAGCAGAUUCACAGAAUUUGUCGACAAUUUUGAGAUAUCACGGCGAGUCGCUAAAAUUGCAACUCAAGAGGUCUGGUAGAAGGCCCUCUGGAAAGGGUGUGGAAAAGAUGGACUUGGAUUCCGCACGCGGAGUUGAGAGCAUGGAUUUGGAUGUAGACACGUUCCAAAAUGUAAAGAAUACGCAUUCCUAUACAUACCAAACACCAGAUUAUCCAAUAUUAAAAUCAUUGGCUACAGUUACCCGUAAUUUGGUUCAUGAGUACAGAAACCAUUUGCAUUGUGGCAUAAUCUUGGGUGGUUUUGACUCGGAUGGACCAGGUAUUUACAAUGUUACUCUUGGAGGAACCUUGAUCCCAAUCAAGGAUUUUGUCGCUUCUGGAUCAGGAUCGGGAUAUAUUACCGCAUUUUUGCAGGACAAUUAUAAAGAGGGUAUGGAGAAGAAUGAAUGCUUAGAGUUGCUACGCAAGAGCAUCCACUACGCUAUUCACAAUGAUAAUGCAUCUGGCGGCAUUAUGAGAGCUAUAGAUGUACAGGCAAACAAGGUUGAUGAGUUUUACAUUCACGGGUUUUAAUGUAAUGUCCGUAGCAGAGCGGAGGACUAGCGAAUGGGUGACUAUACGCCGGUAUAGGAGCCUGAAUGCUCACUAGGGAGAAUGGCUUUUGGAGUGGUAUCAAAGUGCCAUAAAUACUUGCUAGAAUGGGUAUACGAUGUUCGCGCAAAAUUGAACCCAGUUGCUGCAACAAAUGAUCUGGAAAUGAAUGCAUGCAGCACAUGAAAGUUUGGAAUCUUUAAAUUGAU